UGCGGAGUGUUUCGGAAGGGAAUACAUACGUGUGCCUUCUAUAGCUGAGAAAUUGCGGUAUUUCUGUACACCAUGCUAACAUGAGUUCUACAUGAUCUGUGCGAGCGAUGCGUCGAAAGUUUAUGACGUUUGACAAUUGGAUAAUAAACACAGGGAAUAACAUUUGAAAAAUACAAUGAAUGAUUAUAAAAUUCCGAUAAUCGAGCCGACUAUCGAUUACACAAAGGUUCCGCCGAUCAAUCAAAAAAGGACUAUUUCAUUUAUUAAUCAUUUCAUUGUGCACACUGUCACAUUCCUUAAUAAAUUUGCAUUGUCUUGCGAAGAGAGAUUAUUCGAAUUUGAAAAUAAGUUACAAAGAAUAGAAGCUUCUUUAGAAAUUCUAGAAUCUUGGUUGUCGUCUGUUCCUAGUCCGGACAAAAAUCAAGAUAACAUCCAAGCUCCCGUUAAGAAUAAUGACAAUGUGCAAGAAGAAAAGAGUAUACCAAAAGUAGAUGAACCCGAUACUACUGUGCAAGGUGAGCCUACAGACAUUCAAACCAAAGAACAACCUGUAAAUAAAGAUCCUCGGUAUGAAAAGUAUCUUAAAAUGUUACACUUCGGCGUACCGAAAGGAGCAAUUAAGUUAAAGAUGGAACAAGAAGGAUUGGACUCGACUGUACUGGAGUAAAUUCUAAUUGACUUAACUCAGAACAUUAAUCAUUAAAACUCUAGCCAACAAUUAUAUGUAAUAAUACUUUACAAAUCACAUCUACUAUAUACAUAUAGAUGUUAAGGUGUAACAAAGUCAAUCUAUAAAUCAAAUUAUUCUACAUACAUAAGAAAUAAUCAACGAUUAUGUUGGUGUCCAUGUUCUGAUGUUUAAGUAGUUUUUAAUCUUGUAAUAUGGUCCAGUGCAUUGAAACGGUGCUUGUUUUUUUUUUAUCUUGACAGUGAUUCCCAGCAAAUAGUUUUUAAGCCGAAGUCUACAUAUAAUGGUGAGAAAAAAGGGGAUUAAAUGAUUAGUUGUAUUCAGGUGUUAAGCAUGAGAAAUAUUUUUGCAUUAUAAGACAGUUAAUAAAAUAAACUAUACAAAUUCGAAAA